CUAUUUCAUGAAUUUGUUUCUGGCAGGCUGGCAGCUUAUGUGUUUUGUGCCUCUAAGGAAGCUUGGACUGUUAGGGUGUGUUCUUGAGUUAUUUUGUGGUUUCCGUUAUUUUUCCUUGUUUUUUCACACGAUGUGAUUUUUGAGCAAAUCUAAAGACGACUUUUUCGCCUUGCAUCCAAAAUUCAUCAAGUGACCACUAGAAUAAUAAAAUGGAGGGAACUUCGGAAUCGAAAGAAAAAUUGCAGUCACCGACAACCAUGGAUAACGAUCGGUUAGCAGCUGAGACAGCUGUGAAAAUUGAAGUGGUUGAAGUGAAGCAAGAAGUACCUGAGAUGAUGGAGAGUGAAUCUUUUGGAGUUGACCCAAGCACAGUGGCACUACCGAUCAAGGAAGAAGACUGCAAAAAUUCUGAUAGGAUAGACAUAAAUAGGAUAAAAAAUGAACCAGUUGAGGCUGAAAACUGGGGCGAGUGUGCUGUGAAGGAAGAACCAGGUUUAGAUCUGACAGAUGAAGAACUAGAGGAAGAAAUGAACCAGGACUAUAGAGUAUUCAUCAAGGAUGAAAGCACUAGUGAAUAUAUAGUGGGGCCAGAUGAGCAGGAUAGUGCUGUAAAACAUGAGAUCUUGAAGAAACAUCCUGUUGAGUGUAAAACAGAAAAUGCGAAGUUGUUUAGUUGUUAUGAUUGUAUGUUUACUGUAUCGAAUAAGAACCUUUUAAUCAAACAUAUGAAAGAACACAAAAAUAUAAAACAUGCGCGUCAACGCUGGUCGAGACAUAUACUUACAUGUACGCAUUGUAAUUCAACAUUUAAACAGAAAUUCAAUAUGGAUGACCAUAUAAUUCGAAAACAUCCUGAAUUUAUUUCGUCUGUUUCUAGUAAAAUACAUCAGUGUACACAUUGCUCAUAUAAAACUACUAAGAAGAGCAAUUUAACUGAUCAUAUUGAAACACACUCAGAAACAUGUGCUAGUUUUAGCACCUGCACUCACUGUAGUGCACCAUUUAAAACUAAGAAAGGCCUGUAUCAUCAUAUACUUCAAAAUCAUCCAGAUUUUAUUUCAUCAAUAUCUAGUAAAAUACAUCGAUGUACACUUUGUGACUAUAAAACUACUUACCAUAGUGAAUUAGCGAGACAUAAGUUAAAACAUCCUGAAGUAAGUGCUAACUAUAAAUUCAAUAAAUGUACACAUUGCGAUGCAAAGUUUACAAGGAAGGCGGUGCUGAAAGAUCAUAUCUUUAAAGAACAUUCAGAUUCUAUCCCAUCUAUUUCUACUAAAAUACAUCAGUGUAUACAUUGUGGAUAUAAAACAACUAGGAAGAGUCAUUUAACAAGUCAUAUGUCAAAACAUCCUGAUCCAUCUAACACAGUGUAUGAAUGUACGCAGUGUUCAUAUAAAACUACGCGUAAAAGUGAUUUAACUAGACAUACUUUAAGACAUCCUGGAUUAACUGCCAAAUAUAAGCUCAGCAAAUGUACGUACUGCGACUCAAUAUUUAAAAAUAAAGCAGUGUUGAGUAGUCAUAUAAUCAAAAUGCAUCCUGAGUUCAUCGCGUCUGUUCCUAGUAAAGUACAUCAGUGUACACAUUGCUCAUAUAAAACGACAAGGAAAUUUUAUUUAACUAGGCAUACAUUGAAAAAUCACCCAUCAGAGACGUACAGUAACUAUAAACUUACUAUAUGUAGCCACUGUAAGGCUACAUUCACAAGCAAGCAAGGUUUGGAUGAGCAUAUUGUUAGAAAACAUCCCGAUUUAGUAGCAUCUGUUACUAAAAAAGUAUAUGAAUGUACACAUUGCACAUUUAAGACUCUUACAAAAAUCCAUUUGAAUAAACACAUGUCAAAAAAAACUAAUUGUAAUAAAGCUAAGUUUAAUCAUUGA